CUCCGCUCCCCCUCCCUCUCGGCUGCCUCGUCUCCUCCGCCUCCCCUCCCGCGUCUCCUCGUCCCAUCUUGCUGCCGCCAGCUCCCCUCCUCUUCCCUGAUUCCCCCCUUCAGCUCGGCGGAGAGAUCCGGCCGGCCCAGAUCCACACGGCUCCGUCAACGACACGCCCGGGGACCCUGCCGGCGUGGGUGUGGCGGCAUCAUCUCCAUGAGAGGGACGUAUCAAGAUGGAUCCACGCUGUCGACGCCUCUUCUUUGCUCCCAUGGACGAGCCCUCGCCCAGCGACCACCUCCACUCAGCUGGCGGAAGAUGACGAUGGCCAACUCCCAGGUGCAGCCGGUGGGGAGGCUAAAAUUGCAAGGGCGGCAGGAGAAAUCCUUCCUCCUUGUGUUGCUGCAUCACUGCAUCCCCCGAUAUUCUAGGAGUAGCUCGCCUGCCUGCUAUGAGAAGAAGAGAUGGAAGGUGGAGGUGGGAACAUGACGCUAGGAGGAUAAGGCGUGGGCGUCACAAGAAGUGGGUUGGAGCAAGAAGUAGAGCAGGCAAUGCCCCUCUCUACAUUGGCAUCUAUACAGCCAAAUCAAGGACUUAAACUCCUGGAACGGCUCCUCCUAUCCCCUGCUCCUCUUGCAUUGGCGCAAGUCCGCCUCCUCCCCCGCGUCCAUCUCCACGCGUGCAGCAGCCACCUGGGAGGAGCUCGAGCCGCAGCGGUGGUCCAUGGCGCCUUCGCUGUCAUCCCCAGCUGGAGAAGCAUGAACCGCAGAGACGGACGGAUCUGUCCGGCCCUCGCGCCGUUGUUCGUCCACUCUCAAGGAUAAUGUGUUUCUAUGAGUUGGAGACCCCCCAAUAGCAAAUUCAGUCCGACGCUUUGAUGGACUUAAGAGAGAUGCUGAUACUAUGAGGUGAAAUGCUCAUCUACUUAAGAGAAACGUUCACAAGGAUGACUGACCGUGUGCGGCACUGACCUCGAUGGCGUGCUGCAUCAUUUCUGCCCGACCUCAAUGUUUACCUCGUCACCCACAGCCAGAUGGUCGAAGACAUCCCGAUGAAGCAGCACAUGCUUGUACCUUCUUUCGUUGGUGGCGGGAGAAAGAGGAUCCACCCGCUCCCUUAUGCUGAUUCGAGCCUUCCUUCAUGGAUUGCCUACUCUACAAGAUGAAGUGCUGGUUUAUGAGGAUAUUUUCCAAAAAGAGUUGUUAGGGUAUGACGUACUCGAUUGAUCUAUGAGAUGACCUGCUUGGUGGCGAAGGUUUUUUACAUGUGCUCAGCAAUAAAAGAGCUGUACUGGAAUACAAAGGUUCUCGUGUCUCGCGUGUGGCAGUACCGAGGAGGGACUGACGAUGGUCAGCUUGUGCAUACUGGCAUUGUGGUGCUUGACCAAGAGGGCACCCACAUGUAUGGCCAGAUUCCUGCUAACAGCUCAGGCACGGCGGUGCCCAUUCUUGCCUCUUUCCCUACGGGAUCAGCUACACUUGUCGUGCUGCCUCUUGAUGAGAUGAACACUCCUAUAUCUGCAUUCAAAGGAAAAGGGCAGGCUAUUAUGCCUAAAACACCCAGCAAAUCAGCAUGCCCAAAAAGUGCUCGCCGCAAACUUUUUACUGAGCCCUCAAAGCCCGAGGACACUGAACUCUCUGCCUCUGCUGCCAAGGUGGCUAGCCAGGCUGAACAAGGUGCUCCUGCUGGAAAUGUUGUUGAAGCUACAUCUGUGCCAAAUGUCGGUCAAGAAACUGAGCUUAUAGCUACCGAAGAUCCAAAGAACAACCUUCCUGACCACACUAAAGUCAAGAGGACAAACACUGCUGUCAAGCCAGCUGGCGCUCCAAAGAAAGCGAACCAGUAGUUCUUCCAUGGACUAGGCUAGAUAUGUACAUACGGUGGUAUCUUCUAUGUUCUGCUUGCUGAAGAGAGCUUCUCAGCUCUGCUGCGUCACAGCAAUGGUCUGGCCAUCGGGUCUAAAGAUCGUCAACUCUGCACACUUUUGGGCGUGCACCAGGUUUAUUUUGUGCAACUUUGUAAGACAAGGCUUUGACACUCGCAUAACUAUGUCGAGCCAUUGUCAUGACAAUUCCUCUAUUUAGGUCAUCGAACAAAUCAAGUACUAUGCAUUGUAAAUAUGGCCGUCAGCCCUUUCUGCCUUAUCUCCCUCCUUAUGACAAUUUCUACCUUCUGUAAAUGCCGUUGGGCCAUGCUGCUUAAUCAAGUCUUUUCAUUCUUGUUA